AUGGAGAAUUUGCAGUUCAAGUCUUCUCAGCUUUCCAUGAAGGCACCAAUAUGUUCCCUGAAACGAAGAGCGACUGCUUCUCUUCCUAAUGAACCACCCAACAAAGUUCCUGAGAAAGGAAGAAUGGGAAACAAGCACAAUUGGAGAGCUAUUUCUUCAAUCCCCUGUUUUGGUAAAGAGAAAAACAGAGCCUCAUGCCAUAUACAUGGCGAUUCAAGUGGCUUCACCAGCAAAACUAAGUACAGAUAUGAUGUUUUCCUGGGUUUCAGAGGUGAAGAUACUUGCCACGCCUUCACUGUGCCUCUUUACAAUUCUCUACGACGUAAGGGGAUCAACGCCUUCAUUGAUGACAAGAAGCUUGGGAAAGGGGAACGAAUCGCACCUGCCGUUAUCAAAGCCAUUGAGAGGUCAAGGAUUUCCCUUAUUGUCUUCUCUACAAACUAUGCUACUUCCACAUGGUGCCUAGAGGAACUCACCCACAUCAUCUGGUGCAAGAAACAGAAGAAUCAAUUGGUUAUGGCCAUCUUUUACAAAGUGGAUUUAUUGGAUGUUCAAUAUCAGAGAAAUAGCUUUGAAGAAGCCAGGGCUGCUCUUGAAGAUAGGUAUAGAGAUGACCUAGAGAAAGUGUGCAAAUGGCGUUCUGCUUUGUUCGAAGCUGCUAGUUUAUCAUCAACAUGGCUUUUCGAAGACGGAUGUGAAUCUGGAUUUGUUGAAAGGAUCGUGGAACAUGCAUAUUCUAUGCUGCCACCUAAACGCUUCCAUAACGUUGAUUGCAUCGUUGGACUUGAGCCUCGGAUAGAAGAAGUGAUCUCACUUAUAAAUAAAUCUGACAAAGGCGUCUGCAUGUUGGGGAUUCAUGGAACUGGCGGAAUUGGCAAAACAACCCUUGCAAAAGCUCUCUAUUAUUCAGUCUUUUAUCAUUUUGAAGGUGCUUGUUUUUUGUUUGAUGUCAGAGAAGUAUCAAAGACGUAUCAGGGUGUUGUCUAA